CCUGAAACUAGGUCGGGAUAUUUUUGUCAUUUACAUGACAACCAAAAAGUUGAUGUGCUUCCUUUCAGGUACAAACAAGAAUGUCUUGGACUCCUCUAUGUUCACUUCUUCUGCUGGCUUGUGCCUGGUCUCCAAUUGCCAGCCAAAACAGUUGCAAGGGAAGAUGUGGUAACGAGUACUACCGAGGUUACCUGUGCCAAUGUGACUAUAGCUGCUUGGCCUACGGCGAAUGCUGUCGUGAUUUUGCAUCUCAGUGCACCACAAAAAACUCCUGUAGAGGUCGAUGUGGGGAAUCAUUCAAGAGAGGCCAACUGUGUAGCUGUGACUCUGAUUGCGUUCAAUUCAAGCAGUGUUGUCCAGAUUACAAGCUCCACUGUGAUGCAGAAGAAGAAAACAAGGGAGAAUCCAAUGCAUCAGCACCAGGGACGAGUAAUUCAUGUGAUAAUGUAGAUGAUAAAACCCCCAAAGAGGAAACCUCAAAUGAAGCAGAACAGCCGCUUUCGGCACUUGGUGAGGAAAACGAUGAAGAUAAUAAUGACGUUCCGCUGGUGAGUCCAAUAUCGUUUCCAAAAGAUGAGUCCAGUGAGGGAAUGUACACCGAGACCAUUCCCAGUGAUGACGAGUCCUACACCCCAGAUCCAGACGAAAGUCAGACACCCGAGAGCUGGUAUGGCUCAUCUGCUGGGCCACUGGAUGUGGUCUCCACUCAAGCCACCUUGAUUGAAGACACUCCACAGGCGAGCACAGAGACAGUUCAAUUGGCGACAACAGCUUCAGAAGAUGAGGUCAAGCCAACCGUGCUGGUUGAUGGAGUCACCUCCACUGAGAGUCCAGAUAGCGAUGCUACCACUUUACCAGGAACAACAACUCCACAAGCCACCACUGCAACUGAGCAAGUUUCCAAGCCCAGUCCGACAACUGAGGGCACACCCUCAUUUUCCACUGCAGCACCUAACGGAGCUGCAACUUCAGAACCCUCAAAAGAGCCGUCGACAACCCCGCAAGAACCGUUACAAGAUUCUUCCACAUCUUCAAUAGCGCCACAAGAUCCCACAGACUCAUCCACACCUUCAGUAUCACCAGAUCCGUCUUCCACGCCUGCACUGCCAACAGGACCAACACAAGAGUCAUCCACGUCUUCAGUAUCACCAGAUCCGUCACAAGAGUCUUCCACGCCUGCACUAACAUCAGGACCAACACAAGAGUCAUCUACACCUUCAGUAUCACCAGAUCCGUCACAAGAGUCUUCCACGCCUGCACUAACAUCAGGACCAACACAAGAGUCAUCCACACCUUCCGUAUCACCAGAUCCGUCACAAGAGUCUUCCACGCCUGCACUAACAUCAGGACCCACGCAAGAGUCAUCCACACCUUCAGUAUCACCAGAUCCGUCACAAGAGUCAGCCACAACUUCAGUGCCGCUGGAUUCCUCCACAAACCCAGAAAACUCCGAGGCCCCUGAUUUGACAACGACUCUUCUACCAUCGAUCCCAACCACUUUAGUUGUCACAACAGGCCACUCUUCUUCUUCACCAGAUCCUCAGAAUUCCUCCGCUAGUGUUUCUCCGGUCGGAUCGGACCUUGACAUCACGACUGUUGAUCCCUCACCCACAGAUGGUGCUUCGGCCGAUGAGGUUACACCAGCGAAACCUUCCAUCACUCCAGUAACAGAAACCCAGAAACCCAGCAGUACUAAAUUAUCUGAAUCCAAGCCAAAUGGUCAGGAUAAGACAACUCCCUCCACUCCACUGAUGACUACAACCCCUGCAGAUAAGCCCGCUCUCAAACCUGGGACUAAGCCAGUGGGUGUAGUGCUAACUGUGGAUAGCUCCAGAAACUACCAAGCAGAUGACAGCAAUGACACAAACUUGUGCAGCGGGCGUCCUGCCAGUGCAGUCACCACACUAAGGAACGGCACAAUUGCGGUUUUCAGAGGUCACUACUUUUGGCUUUUGGACAAAAACAGGGUGCCGGGCCCAGCCCGUGGAAUCACAGAAACGUGGGGUGUCCCGUCCCCCAUUGACACUGUGUUCACCCGUUGCAAUUGUCAGGGGAAAACAUACAUCUUCAAGAGAAACCAGUACUGGAGGUUUGCCAACAAUAAUUUGGACCCGGGAUAUCCAAAGGUUGUUGAGACAGGCUUUGAUGGACUUAACGGUCACAUCACAGCUGCUCUGUCUGUGCCUCGGUACGGCAAAAGGGGAGAAUCGGUCUAUUUCUUCAAACGAGGUGGAACAGUGCAGAAAUAUUCAUAUCAAUCUGGCACCAGUCCAUCAUGUAACAAGAAACCAAAUUUUGCUAUUUACACAGUCCGUAGGCGAGUGGUGCGCCAAGCAGCUUCACUUUUGGGACCCACCAUCAACAUCCGAACGGCCUGGCGAGGAUUCCCCACAACCAUCACUUCGGCUGUUUCUGUCCCAAGUUACAGGGAACCAGAGGGCUACAAAUAUUAUGUCUUCUCUAGAACUAAAUCGUACAAUAUUCGGAUGGACGGUGAGCGGCCCGUUGUCAAUUCCCCGAGAGAAAACCCAUCAGCUCGGAACAACUUCAUCAAUUGUCCCAAAACAGCCUGAUGAGCACAGACCACUUCAAGAAGCCUUUGUGUUGGACUGCUUUAAAACUUUUAAUAAUAUGGUUCAGAAAACACAAAAGUUCAGCAUAGACACGGUGAUCAAAACACGAAUUGUUUGUAAGCGAUAACAAAAGCAGAAUGCUUUAGAACAAGUGAAGGAGAUCAAGAAGACUGACUUGAGGAGACUGUCAGGAUUUCACCUGGCAAUGCGUCUGCCGUGGACUCCUCGGGAAGGAAACGCUUGACCUGUUGGAAUACACAGCGGCUUUAAAUAUUACACACAGUGACAUAAACUGCACCUUAAAUCUCCAACU